CCGUUACUGGCUGCGGGCCUUUGCGGCGCUACAGGUUGGCGGGACCCCCUGAGCUUCAGCACUGCACGCUCGUUCCCCCCGACACAUCAAGGUCCAAGGCCCGUGGGUUCUGGCAGUCUGGCUAACCGCGAUCGCUGUGCGCUCCGUGGACCGUGUGCUUCAAUCCGUGCUUCGACGCUCUCCCGUGCUGUCCAUCAUUAUUCGCCGGCCUGCAGAAGUAUUAUCAUUCCUCUCUCCUGGCGUUUCAUCCUGUUCCUGUGUCUUGUCGUCUCCCCGCUUGCAGAUGCUGGUCAGAGGAUCUGGUCUGCGAACGAGCUAUGUCGCAGGUGCGGCGACAAGACUAUGAUGACGACCUCCAAGUCUCGUCUCCGAAGCUCCCCUAUUCUCCAACCACGCGCAAGGACUAUGCCACCCUACAUUCUCCAUCUAGUAAUAGGAAUCUCCUCUCUCGUGAUUACCUGAACGAGCGCCUGGACGGACAGGUCUCCAAUCCGAUCAACGUGACUGUCGCAGCUCUGCGCCGACCGAGUCUGUCCCCUCUUAACACCAAUCCUCGAUCCGAACCACCUGCAAAAGUAAAAUCGCCGGAGACUUCCCCUCGGAGCCCUGGCUCGCUGCCGUCUGUUGCUGACCACUUGCGGCUCGAUCCCCAAUCACCGAGGGACCCCAUAUCUUCUCAUUAUCCGAGCUUUCCAGUCCCUCCGUCGCGAUCACCGCAGCAGACUCUGGCCCUCAGGAAGCCCGAACAUGGUGGAAAUAUGACUGAACAGACCGUCCACGAUCAAUCGCAAAAGGGGUCAGACGUCGCGAGCCCGGUGCAGUCGCAGACGUCCGCGCCAACGUCGCCUGCGAAUUCCUCCACGGGGCCAGGGGAUCGGCCGCGCGUGAUGCCCCGGACAUCAUCGAUAGAUUCCGCCAUAUCCUCUUUGUCCUUGCCCUCCCACUCGCAGAAAUCUUCGUCGGACACGAAUGCGGUCAGUACGGCGGACAUUAACAACCUUAUAACGGCCGCCGGUUCGGCCGAGGCAUUGAUCGUGCAUCUUCUGAAAGAAAAGCAUCAUGCCGCUUCUCAGAAUUCGCAGCUCUGGAAGUUGGUGGACAAACAAAGGGCGCUCCUCCUGGGUCUGAACAAGGACCUGGAACGCGCACUCAAGGACAAGGACAGAUAUCGCAAAAAGCUCAAGGAGUUGCAGUGUCAGGUACCGCCCCUGCCGCCAGGUGUAGUCUCGCAGACAUCCGAUGGACAGACUAGCCCGCGUGAUGUUCUUCCAGCGCACGAAGCCGGUCCAGAAGAGCACUUCAACAAGCACGAUCAAAUGACCCGGAGCAAUCCUACGCUAUAUGUUGAGCAGACGUCGCCGCCACUUGAAGAUGGACGUAUGACGGCCGGAUUUCCCGCUCCGCCACAAUCAGAGGCCGGCAGGUCACAUACUUCGUUUGCCAACAACGGAUCCCCUGUGUUGGAUACAACCACCUCCACUUCUGCAGCUCCCGCCUCAUCUAGCAAACGCGAUGAUGGCAAUUUGCAGCAGGAAGCGGGUUUCUUAGCUGGUUCUACUGUGAUACAACAUGGUGCUGUCGCCAGCGAAACAUUAUCAGAGAAUAGUAUACCAUCAACUCUACCUCCACCAAAUAGAAAGCCCCCGCCUGCACCCCUCAAUCUGGGUGGAGAUGAACAUACCGACAUGCAUCGAACCCAGGAUCUUCUGGACGCUUCCGACUCGGACUAUGACAAUGAUGUACUGGAGGUUGACGAAAUUCCGACAGCACAGAGAGGUCGCAGGCCAACAAGGGAAGACGACGAUAGAGAACGCGAGGCUGCUUUCAUGAGAGAACAAGAUGCUCGCAGCCGGUCGAAUAAGAAUAAAUCGCAGAUGUCUCAGCGAAGUCUAACGGUUUCAGAUGGAAUUUCGCCUACGACCCAAGCCCCUCAAGCAAAUCUGCCCUCUAGUCCGCGCCGGAUGCUCGCCCAACCUCCGCCCUUCGCAGGUGCAGGGUAUCUAUCUCCGCUGGAAUCGCUGGCGUCUGUUCUUUCUCCUGAUAACAACCGAUCCACGGCAGCAUCUCCCGAACUUCGCCGUGUAGCGUCUCCUCCAAUGAGCCCCGGAUUACCUGUGAGCCCAAGGCCGAGUGAUCGCCCUAUAGGAUCACCGCUACCACGGACACCAAGGGACGCUUCAGGUAUGGCCUCGCCGCCCAUGUCGCCCAGGAACGAUACAGCAGGACGCCCUGCUCCAAUUGCUUCUCCGACAAUGCGAAAGCCCAAUGGCAGCCAGCCCUUGUCACCUGUUACUGCAUCCCCCGAGAUGACAAUACCCACCAUUGACGCGAAUAUCAAGAUCGACAGUCCACGGGAUAUGCCAGAUAUAAAAAAGGGCAUCUAUCAGGGUUUAAUAUCUGAGGAAUACCCAGGUCUUCUCUUGCCGCCGAAUGCGCUCCCCUCUAUAGAAGUGAAGGUUGCGUCGUCUCGGUUGCGACCCUCGAGGAACAGUUAUCUGGGGCUGAAAUCAACGGAGGAGGAGCCUGUUUUCACAUUGAGUGUGUUCUCCAGGUCCAGUAGGUCUGAGCUCUGGCGGGUAGAAAAGGUCAUCAUGGCUCUUCCUCAGCUAGAUCAUCAGAUCAGACAAGUGUCGGGUUUUGCCGGAAAGCUGCCGGAUCGUUCCACCUUCAGUGGACAUUCUCCUGCGAAGGUGGACGCUAGACGCGCUGCACUGAACGAGUAUUUCGAGUCUCUUCUUGACACUCCCAUGGAUGAAACAGCAGCCCUGGUGAUCUGUCGCUUCCUCACCAGCGAUGCCAUCGAGCCUCGCGAUGAUGAGACUACCUUGCUUAAGAACAAUGGCAAGGCAAGCCCUGAGAUCCUACGCGGCCCCGACGGAAAACCAAGGAAGGAAGGCUAUCUCACCAAGCGAGGAAAGAAUUUUGGCGGAUGGAAGGCCAGAUAUUUUGUGCUGCACGGACCAGAACUAAAGUACUUCGAGUCGCCGGGCGGCCCGCAUCUGGGAACUAUCAAAAUAUACAAUGCCCAAAUUGGGAAGCAGUCACAACAUACUGGCCCUCAGAAUGGCCAAGGAGAGGACGACUCAGAUAAUCAGUACCGUCAUGCAUUCCUUAUCCUGGAGCCGAAAAAGAAAGAUUCAUCCGCUCUCGUUCGCCACGUACUCUGUGCUGAGAGUGACGAGGAGCGAGACGAAUGGGUCGAAGCGCUGUUGCAAUACGUUGAGUCGCAAUCCUCCGGCGAAGAUGCAGCGAACAGCACCUCGAAGGGGCAUGCUGGACACUCUGGGCAUGCACAGACCAAGCAACCGCCCAACUCUGGCCCAACGCGGCAGAGGUCGUUCCAUAGCGGUUCAAAGAAGGGCAGCAGCAAAGGAACGACCAGUCCUGAAAACGAUUUCAUUGAUAAUACAGUUCAUAAUGCUGUCCAGGGUUUUAGUUAUGACGAUGCUGUUCCUGCGGAACCGCCCAUCUAUGGCCCGCCCUAUGACAAAGAUGUGUCUAGACCCUCUCAAAGUCAACUGGCGCCAUUGAAUGAACAUGCAGAUUUUGAUCCCGCCCGCCAGCAGAGUCCGGAUCAAGGAUCCUUGAACUCGAACACCUCGAAGGUGAUAUCGGGCCCGAGGAACGGUGCUGUCAUUCAGGAUGUAGGGGCCUGGGGAAAUAAACCCUCUCUUACGACAAAGGAGAAAAAGCGCAGUAUCUGGGGCUUCCGCACGAGGUCGUCAUCGGACCUAGCCACGCAAAUUCAGGCGAGCUACGAGACGCAGACAAGUUUCGGUCAUGGAAGCAAUUCAAGUGAGCGAAAGGGGCCUGUCAGGGCAGUUUUCGGUAUCCCCUUGGCGGAAGCUGUUGAAUUUUGUGGACCCAGGGGACUGGAUGUCGGCCUUCCGGCAGUGGUGUAUCGAUGCAUCGAAUAUCUUCAGGCCAAGGGGGCAGAAUCCGAGGAAGGUAUCUUCCGACUUAGCGGGUCUAACCUUGUGGUCAAAGCACUCAAGGAACGGUUUAAUGCGGAGGGUGAUGUGGAUUUCCUGGAAGGAGACCAUUACUACGACGUCCAUGCUGUGGCAUCUCUAUUCAAGCAAUAUCUGCGAGAGCUGCCUACAACGGUAUUGACACGCGAGCUUCAUCUGGAAUUUUUGCGUGUGCUCGAGCUGAAUGAGAAACCCAAGAAGAUCGCUGCAUUCAAUAUUCUUGUGCACAGACUUCCAAAAGCAAACCUGUCUUUGCUGCAAGCUCUAUCGCAAUUCUUGAUCAGAAUUAUCAAUAACUCCGAUGUCAACAAGAUGACUGUGAGAAACGUCGGUAUUGUCUUUGCGCCAACACUGAACAUCCCGGCGCCUGUUUUCUCUAUGUUUUUGACCGACUAUGAUGAAAUUUUUGGCGAUGCGCCGGCAGUCAGUGAGAAAACGGUUGAGAUCACCGUGGAUCAUUCCACGGAUGAGGCGCGGUCUCCUCGCCAUCACGCGUUCUCUGACCCCGCGCCUGGUUACGACCAGCGAUAUGGUGAUACAGCAGGUACUCCGAGAGGGCAUUAUAAUGGUAUCCAGCCAGCGUACGAUCAGUACUCAUACAACACUCAGCCUCAUGACUCGGCCCAGCAAUGGAAUCAGAUGUUAGCCCCCAAUGUCGGCAAUCCCGCCACGAGUAAAGCGAAGAGAAGGGAGAGCUCCAUGCUCUUUAUGGAUAUUGGCCACAGAAAGCACCCGAUGACGGAUCUACGCGGCGACCCUGUCGCAGAAGAGACUGCAUUCGAAUAGUCGAGAGCGGACAGAAGCCAUGUGAGCUCAUGUUUGCUUUCAUCAUUGGCCUCGUCCCGACAUUGUAUCUCAGCUGCUCCCCGGUAGCGAGACGAAACUCACGAGUUGUAUGACGCGAAUCAGCACCGUUCGGAGCCUGGCUGCAUCUGAACCAAAGGCACAGAUAUAUGUAUAAUCUAAUGGUUAAUAUGGGAGUACGCAGGUAGCGUAGCCUGUGCUACUAUUGGCGCCUUGGAGUUGAGACUUGAUUUCACCGACUUCGUUUCAUCG